AUGAGGAACCUGCCGCCGGCUCUGGUGGCCGAAAUCCGUUAUGCCUUUCAGUGUUGCUCCCGGCAGUGCGCUGCCUCAAGAAGGGCUCGAUUCAGCACCUUGCAACCACGACUAAAGAGCUCUCGGCCACGAAAGGACGACUGUAUCCCCAUUCAAGUCGUCCAUAGCCAGUUGCAGGCCCAGAAAAUCAACCAGGCUCAGCCCUCAAUACCUCCAGCUCCGCAUACACCUGAAGGCAAGGAACUUAUACCACAGGAAGAGCAGGCAAAAUCUCUCGACACCGGCCGCAAGGUUGAGGUUCCUUUCAAGGUCAUUCCAAAGGCUGAGGUCGCCCCGAAUCUGACCCUGUCUCCGAAAGAACGGCUCCAUAUCGAGCAAUUAACAAGGAGACUGCCUCCUCGCCCUGAACCAAAGGGUGCGUCCCUCAACACAACAUUCAAAAGCUACACAACCACUAAACAAGACACAGUGUAUAAGAGGAGACUUCGCAUAUACACCGCGGGAAAUGGCAGGAUAUAUAUGCUCACCCUCCUUCGCUUCACGACGAUUGCUGCCUUGGGUUUUGUCACCGUUAUUGUGGCCCCGGCACAUUGGGUGAAUGGGAGUUCGUUGUGGACUGUUGCUGGCAUAUGGCUAGCAGGCUUGGUCCCGUUCAUCUUUGUAAACUGGACUUUGAGACCAAUGGUGACAGAAAUAUUCCUUCGGCUUCCAGCAUCGGCUCAAACAUCCCCAAAGGUAGCCAUGGCUUAUGCUAAAAGUCUUCCGGCAGAUGCCACCCUCGACCUGAGAUUUAUGCGAUCCUUCACCAUCACUGACAUGGUAUCAUUGAAGAUCGCUAACACGAAACCUAUCAAAAGCCUCUUCCGGCCCGUCAGUUUUGAAUGGGUUGGGCCACUGGUGGAACGGGGAGGCUUGCUGAGACCGAACCCGACUCAGUUCUAUGUACGACCUGAAUCGGCGGGCGGCAGAGCAGCAAGGGAUGUGAUUCCGGGGAUCUGGAGUAAGGUUUACGAACGACUUACUGGAGUUGAAAGCAACGUCGUAUCCAAAUGGCGGCGAUGA